ACGUCACGGGCAGUCCAAGGUUACGCAACGAUGAAGCGCGUCCACACCUCGGGAUGCGAAGCAAAACUCCUUUGAGUGCGAGGCGCAGAGGACAGGAACGCGAAGUUUGUGACAUGUGAAGAUUAGGGGAAAAACAAGUGGACCGCCAUCAACGAGGAGAAUCGACCUCAGGUUUCGACCCUACACAGGUGAGUUUGGGAGUUGCUGAACAAUCCUGUUCGACUUGAGUGACGGGGACGGACAGGGAACGAAGCCCCGUUGCCAACACGGAUCGCUUCCCCUUUCCCCGGUGUGUCUGAGCGGCCAAUGCGUUCGCUCUGAGAGCUAUGACCGAGUACUUGUUGAAAGUCUUGGUUGUCGGUGAUGGGAAUGUGGGAAAGUCGUCCUUUGUCCAUCGCUAUGUCAACGGGCAGUUCAACAAAGACUACAAGAUGACUAUGGGAGUGGAUUUCUCUAUGAAGUUGCUACCCUGGACAGACACAGAGAAAGUCAGACUGCAGCUGUGGGACAUUGCAGGCCAGGAGCGGUUCAUCUCCAUGACCAGGAUCUACUAUAAAGGCACGUCGGGCUGCGUCAUCAUGUUUGACGUCACAAACCCGGACAGCUUCCAGAGCUGCCGAGUGUGGAAGCAGGACCUGGACAGCAAGGCCAUGCUGCCGGACGGGAACCCAAUACCCUGCAUUCUUCUGGCUAAUAAGUGUGAUCUACCCUCAAGGGUGGUGUCGACCGAGUUCAUCAGUAGGUUUAGUAAGGAGAAUGGAUUUGUGGCGUGGAUGGAGACUUCUGUGAAGGACAACAAAAACAUCUCAGAGGCUAUCAGGAGGUUGGUGGAGGAGAUUCUGUCCAUGCAGUGCGACCUACAACAGACCGGUGAUGUCAAUCAUCUACUGGACUGCCAGCUGGACCCCAACACCGGGUGCUGCUGAGCAGCCCUCCUCCCACCAACAACCUGCAUAUGACUACCUUUAGGACUGCACUCUCUGGGGGCUCAUGAGCAAGGCAUCCAACUCCCUAAGCCCUGACCAGAAUCACAGACCUUACUUGACCUUACUGUGUGUGUGUGUGUGUGUGUGUGUGUGUGUGUGUGUGUGUGUGUGUGUGUGUGUGUGUGUGUGUGUGUGUGUGUGUGUGUGUGUGUGUGUGUGUGUGUGUGUCCAAAAUGAUAAAAUGGCACCAAAUGAUCUUCAGGAUUAAAAAAGAGACCAGAUCAAAUGUAUUGAGCACAUAGAGGAAUCUUGGAAGUAUUAAAAGGGAAAAUGUUUUAUAUAUCCGCUCUUUUAUUCCUAGAACCAGAUUAGAUUAUACGUGAAAGGAAGGGAAAAACUAAAAUAGCGUAUGAUGGAGUUCAGGUAUCAAACUGCAGGUAUCAGCCACUCACUAUCAGUGAAUACAAUAAAUGGAAUUUAGAAAAUGUAGUUUCCAAAUGUUCCUUCAUUGGUGAAAAUGAGUGGAUGGAUCAGGGGUAAACAGUGGUGACAUGUUUCUCUAGUUCUGUCCCGUGGCCCUCAUUGUUGUCAAACAUUCAGUUCUCCUUUUAUACAGGAACCUGUUGCACACACAGGACUGAGCACUACACAUAGUUUUGUUUUUAUUUGUUUGUUUUGAAUGAUCACUGCACACCUUUUAUUACUUUAUUACUACUAAACCAUUUAAAAAAAACAAUUUUGCUUUGCUUUUUUUACCUCACUUUCUCUUUGUCUAUUUCGGGCUGGUCCUCUGUAAAUAUCAGUGAUUCAUUGAAGACUAAGCUUACGUUCUCAUAAUUUCUGCAAUUGUAUCGUUGUAAUAGGGCUCACACUCUUUUAUUGCGAUUGUUAUUGCACUACUUUUUCCUUGUUUUCUAUAUACUGUGUGUGCCUAUAGCUUUUUAGUUUCCAUGUUUCCAACAUGAUUUAAGUUCACUUAAGAGAGACGGGAUCAUAUGCAUGUGGAACAAUACAUGGGGAACGCUAUUCAAGAACCAAGUUUAUUUGUUUAUUUUCUUCAGCAUAUUUCUUCUUCAGUUAGUUGAUUUGUUACAGGACAUUGAUGCGGUGUCUUUUCAGGUCACUUGAUGACAUUGUUCUAUCAAACACCUAAUAAAUGAUUUAACCUUGCAAGGUUUUAGCCCAACACAAGUAAAUGUUGAAAAUACGACAACUUACAUUAAUGGUAAUUUACUAUUCUGUCAACAUAUUGUGAGCACUACCAAAACAGCAUGCUCAAAUUGACGGUUCAAAUUAAAAGAGUCAAGACAGGUUUGAACAACUGAACAGGCAGAAGAUCUAGGUUCACCAUCAUAGUGGGGCCAUGGUGGGGCCAUUGGCCCCACUAGGUGUUGCCCUGCACCAGCAGUGCAGGGCAACACCUUUCAGAUCCUUCAGUUCAAUUCAUUUCACAUUUCUGCAUUUUUAGCAAUGCUUUGCGCUUUUCAUUCAGCUGUCACUUUAUUUACUCCCACCAUUUACAUUUUUUUAAAUUAUUUGCAUGUUUACAUUGUUUACGCCAUUUAGACUUUUGAACUCUGUUUUCUUUACGUAUUAAAUUAUGUGGCUUUAUUAAAACAUAUUUUCAACCUCA